AUGCUUCCCGAGGCCGGCCUUGCCGUUCUGGCGCUGGCUCAAAACGUCUACUGUGCCUCCGUCUCCCCUCACCCCGUCCGUCUGGAGACGCGAACAGAGCUUAGUUCCAGAGCGGCAAACAUCCAUGUCUCUUAUGACAGACUCGUCGAAGGUGUCAUUGACUUUACCUAUGGCUCGUGCCUAGACAAGAAGCAGAGCGACUCGCAUCAUGUCAUCGCGCGUCAGAACCCAUCGGGCGCCAGCCACAGGCUUGUCUGGGUAAUUCCGGAUGACACCUUUGCUGGUGGCUGUAUCUCUGCAUGGGACGAUACCGGCUCCCUGGUCGGGAGGAGUGAGACCCAGCAGCUUGCUUCUCAACGCAGCCGGAAGAGGGGGCUUGAGGAAUUCCAGAAGCGCGCCGCCAUGAAGAAGCGUGACGGUGGUGGUGGAUCUCCUGCGAUUCCAAUGAACAAUGACACCGGCAUUGAUGUCUGGGGCCCUUGGUUUGACGGCGUCGCUCUGCUUCAGUCUAAGAACCACAGCUACGUGAAUGUCGAGGAGGCCAAGCGCAAGCACGUCGCCAUUGUCGGUGCCGGCAUGUCUGGACUCAUGACUUUCCUGUCUUUGAGACAGGCCGGUUUCAAGAAUUUGGAGAUUAUCGAGGGCAGCGAGAGACUUGGUGGUCGAGUCCACACUGCCUACCUCUCCGGAGGACCAUUCGAUUACUCGUACCAGGAAAUGGGUCCGAUGCGUUUCCCGUUGACAUGGACUUCGUCUUCAAAUGAAACUUACAACAUUACCGACCAUCAUCUUGUAUUCGACCUCGCUGCGGAGAUGAACAAGCUAAACAACCAUGCUGCCAACUGGAGCGUUGACUUCAUCCCUUGGUACCAGUCAAACCCCAACGGGCUGUACUACCACGAUGGCAUUAAACUGGACAGCGGAUUGCCACCCACUAUCUCACAGGUUGCUGUCGACCCGUCCUUGUCGAUUGUGAGGGAGAACCUGCCGUCCACCCAAGCCCUGCAGGACCACAUCGACUCGAUCACAACCUCGGAAGAGUUCUAUGCUGAGAUGGCAACGAAUAUGUUCGCAGCUCACAAGGAGUUCCUUGAAAUUGGUCUUGAUGGCCUCCCAGGUGACCAGUGGUCCGAAUUUGCCUACAUGGUCAACUACCUCAGAGCAAACCUCAACGAUACUGACGUAGUCUCUGAAGGAAACUUUGGUGUGUCUUUCUGGGACACGUUGUAUGACGGUCUGUACUUCGACGCCGCCACCUGGUCAACCAUUGACGGUGGCUUGAAUCGGCUCCCCGCAUCUUUCCACCCGCUGGUGGACAACUACACCACCAUGGGCCGCAAGAUCGAGCGCGUAGGCUGGGACGCCGAGACGCAGCAGGUGAACCUGCAGUGGCGCGACAACUACACCGACACGGACUUCCAGAGCUCGUCAUACGACUACACAGUCGUCGCGGUCCCCUUCAGCGUCGUCAAGAACUGGAGAUUUCCCAGCCUUAUGUCGACAACCAUGACCAACGCCAUCAAGCACAUGCCCUACGAACAAGCUUGCAAGGUCGCACUGGAGUUCGAGACCCGUUUCUGGGAGCAUCUGGACAACCCCAUCAUUGGCUCUUGUUCCACGUCGACGGACAUUCCCGGGAUCGGCGACAUCUGUUACCCAUCGUACAAUAUCAACGGCACUGGUCCCGCAAGCAUGCUAGGCAGCUAUAUCAGCGGCGGCCAGUGGGGCGAGAGAUGGGUCUCCGCGAGCGAUGAGGAGCACGUGCAAUACGUGCUGCAGGCCAUGGCCGAGAUCCAUGGUGAUGUUGUCAACGAACAGUACACCGGCAACUACGACCGGCGAUGCUGGUCCCUUGAUCCGCUCGAGAGUGGGUCGUGGGCGAGCCCCCUCAUCGGCCAGCACGAGCUUUACCUGCCCGAGUACUUCAAGACUCACAACAAUAUGAUCUUCGUUGGCGAACACACUUCAUACACGCAUGCUUGGAUUGCAUCGGCCCUCGAGUCGGGAAUCCGCGGCAGUGUGCAGCUGAUGCUCGAGCUGGGCCUUGUCGAUGAGGCCAAGGCUACCGUGGAAAAGUGGAUGGCUCGUUGGAUUGAAGUGUAA